AUGAAUAGACCUUGCAUUUAUGCAAUAUUACAUUGGGCAACAGUAUGUCUUGUUUUGCUGCUAAUUCCUGGCUUAAUUUGGGGUGGAAUUGGUGCACUUUCAUAUCUUCGACAUCGGAAUGCACGAAAUAACUAUGUCAGUACAGCAUGUCAAGUGGUAAAUUAUGCCCAACUAGAACAUUACUGCGUUGAUUGUACUCUAUUUCAUUGCACAACUCAUCGAUGCUUCGACGAACAAAUACUCGUGACAUAUGUUGUUAAUAAUAAAUCUUACGAGUCGUAUGUAAUUACAAAAGAAAGUCGGAUUGCAAGACGUAAGAAGUUACAAAAAGGCGUCGAUCAUGAUUGUUAUUAUCAUAAGAAAGAUGUUGGAUUGGCCAUCUUUGAUCUUCCUGAUCAUGAAUCGCCCCUCAUCGUCAUGUACAUCAUCACUGGAACUAUUUGUCUACUCAUUUUCGUUAUUAUUACAACUUUCCUUUAUGUUCAAAUUCAAGCUUUUACUACACGCAAUCAUGGCGGAAAAAAACAGGCUAGAGUGGAUGAAGAAGACCUUUUAUAUUGUAGUUGA